GACGGAGGGGGAGUGAUUCUGUGGCGAGUGCUAGCGUUUGGCGCAGGGGAGAGAGAGGGGCAGGGAAUACAGGACGCGUGUGUUUAGUUUAGAAAGGAACGCCUUAUCGGAUACAUCCCUCACUGGAACGAAAUAGAGACGAGAGUUACUUCUCCUUUCAAUAUUAAAUUUGAUUGUUGCUAAACUAGCUCGCCUAGCGGGUUAUUAGCUAGCACCUAUUAGCCAACGUUAGCAAAUAGGGGACAGGGUUCUUCCAAUCUUGCGCAAUUUAAAAGGGCUUGUCGAUACGGAGGCAUUACUUUUGUACUUUGUGUGCGUCUUCAUCAAACGCGGGAGUCAUUGAUUGCGGCUUAACCGAAGACGGAGGGUGAAGCAGUGGGAAAUGACGGGCAAAUCGGUGAAAGACAUUGACAGGUACCAAGCGGUCCUGACAUCCCUCUUGGCCGUGGAGGAAAACAAGUUCUGCGCCGACUGUCAAGCGAAAGGUCCAAGAUGGGCCUCCUGGAACUUGGGCAUCUUCAUCUGUAUCCGCUGUGCGGGUAUCCACCGCAACCUGGGCGUGCACAUCUCCAGGGUCAAGUCUGUCAACCUGGACCAGUGGACACAGGAGCAGAUACAGUCGGUGCAGGAGAUGGGGAAUGCCAAGGCCAGGAGGCUUUACGAGGCCUUCCUACCAGAGUGCUUCCAGCGGCCAGAGACAGACCAAUCAGCGGAGAUGUUCAUACGAGACAAGUACGAGAGGAAGAAAUACAUGGACAAGUGCAUAGACAUCCAGACGUACCGGAAGGAGAAAAGUGAUGCCAUCACUAAAGAGCCACCGGUGGUAUUCGAGAAGAUGAAACUGAAGAAGGAUGAUUCGCAGCGGUCGACUCCCAAACAGUCCCAGUCGGUCAAUGAUCUGCUCGGACUAGAUGCCCCUGCCCCCAGAGCGGCAGUGGCCAAUGGAAGGCCAAGUCCAGAGGUUAGCCCCGCCCUCGACCUCUUCAGCUCUCUACCUGCAAACACGGCCAACUCCAACAGAAGCACGCCUGCCUCCAGCUCGAUGCCCAGUGGUCGCGUGGCAGCCUCCAUGCCUGAGAACUUGAGCCUGUUCCUGGAUCCCCCGGGCAGCCGAAGCGACGAGAGCCUAUCAGCAGGGGGCAGCAAGAAGCUGUCCAAGGACUCCAUCCUCUCCCUCUACGCCACCGGAUCCAGCCUCUCACAGAACAACAUGGCUGCACACGCUGGCAUGUACCUCAACCCUGCCCACGCCCAGAUGGGCUACCCAGUGGCAUCCUCACCAGCGGCGGCAGCAGCAGCAGCAGCAGCAGCUAACUACAGCCAAUACCAUCAGGCCCACGCCCAUGCCCUGGCAGCUGCCCAGGCCCAAGCCCAGGUGGCCCAGGCACAGGGGGGCAUGAUGGGGGCCAUGAUCGCCCCCCAGAUGGGCAUGGUGGCGCAGCCCGGCGGUGUGAUGGCUCAGGGAGGGGUGGUGGCGCCCGGGGGUGUCGUGGGCGCCCAUCCAUCGGUGGCGGCGACGGGGGCAGUGGGGCACCCUUACAUGGCACAGGGGAUGCAGAUGCAGGCGGCAGGCAUGAUGCCAGGGGGGGGCAUGGGAGCCGUGGUGGGGGCCCCCCACCCCCACCAGCAGCAGCAGCAGCAGGCCUACGCAGUGCAGCAGAGUCAGCAGCAGCUACAGUGGAACAUGGCACAGAUGAACCAGAUGACUCAGCACAUGGCGAGUAUGAACUUCUAUGGCAACAACAGCGGCAUGAUGGGAUACGGUCAGCAGAUGGGCGGAGCCUCCUCAGCAGCAGCAGCAGCCCCCACGCAACCAGCCAAUCACAUGCUGGGGUCACACGUAUGGAAGUGAUGUCAUCGUGGCCCAGCCACGGGAUUGGACAAUAGCUCUUCGGGGG